AUGCCCGCUUCCGCUCAAGAUAAGUUGGCCGAGACCAAGUGUCAAGAGAAGCUCAAAGCUACCAUUCUCACCCACGCAAAGGCCGUCUUUGUCGAAGGUCUCACCAAGGACACCGAUCUUGACGUCGUUACCGGCACUGUCAAGGGCUAUACCGCAGCUUGGGUUGUCGCCUACGUCAAGAAGGACGAUGGUCUGCGUCUGAUAACUCUGCUCCAGAGUUUGGGAAAUCCAAACGUAGAGGACGCGUAUCAGGCGUUGAUCAUUGGCUUACGCAGCAAAAUGAACGAUGCCAUCGUCAGGUCAGACUUCUCCGAAAUGGUGGAUGUGAACAACUGGAUGACCUAG